CACCUCCGCAACACCGGAGCGAGGCGCUCCGGUCCGGCCACGUCCACCGUCCACGUAGGACGGAGCGGGGCGGUCGGGGCUGCUUUGGUGGCAGGGUCGAGGGGGACGUGCCCGCCUCGCAGCCCCGGGCCCGUCCACGUCACGCCCGCUCGCUCGGUGACACUCACCUCGUCGUCGCCCUCGGUCCGAAUGGAAGACGAUCGAUGGCGGGCUCGUGAGCUGCCCUGCUCGCCUUGGCCCGACUCGCCUCGACUCGAUCAUGGGCCACAAGGAAUGAUCACGAGCCCGGACGAAAUCUCAAGACGCAUCAUCGUGGGAGAGUGUGCCCGAAGAGCUUCAAGAAAAAUAGGGACACGGGAGAGAGAGGAGGAAGCGCGAGGGAAUGGCGGGUGCCAAAAUGGUGGGCGUGUGGUUCGUCUCUGCUGCCUCUCCUCCGAAUGCUGCACCUUGGGCUGCUGCUCCUCGGGCCGGGCCCGUCCGUGGAACCAGCCCGCAGGGGUGCUCGAGUAGCAUGGCAAGCGUAUCGUCCUCUUCUUCUUAUGGUGGCCAUGGGAGCUUCGGAGAGGAGGCGGUGCUCGGAGUACAGCUGCCAAAACGCACGACGAGACACCGAACGCAAACAGUGAGGGCUGUUUCCGACGUAACUGGCCCAGUUCCGAUACCGAAAAGAGUACGAAAGGUGAAGGAGACGAAGGUGGUCGUUAUGGUAGACCCAGUUGAGGCUAAGCGGCUGGCCGCUGUGGAAAUGGAGGCGGUGAAAGCACGGCAAAAGAGAAAGAAACAACGAGAAAUUGAGGCCAUCAAUGGUGGAUUCGCUGUUCUAGGCCUGACAGCAGGCUUAGUUUUGGAAGGCUAUACCGGCAAGGGUAUUCUCGUUCAGAUUGCGGGUUAUCUCGACGGUUUAGCUGGCUUCUUGACGCAGUUCACUUCCCCGAUGACACCAACACAGGAGAUCGCCAACACUCUUCUUCAGGAGAUUACCGCACAAAUAUCUCCGACACAGGAGUAUUUACAGAAGAUUGUGAAUUCUCAGUGAGAACCCUAUGCUUUGUCCUCUAUACCUCGCUUGAGUCCUGUAUCCUGAAAGACGAGGAUUUAGGAAUCGUUGUAAAAAUCUGUCCCGUGUACCAUCAUGUAUCUUAAAUCUGGGUCGCCCAUCGUCAUGGUAGACACAUUCUUGUACCUUUAAGUCGAAUGAUAAUCAAAAAGGCCCUAUAAUUGAAGGGCAAAAUAUGAUUGGAAGGAUCAGACACCG